UUGUCAAAGACAAUGUUCGAGGCCACCAAAAGUACCUGUCGGAAAGUGUGUUUGGGUAGAUGUUCCUUGUACAAUGUUAGUUAGGCAGAGCAUUAUACGGCACAGUAAGACCGAAACACACAAAAGUGCACUUGAGCGAGUGACAUUAUUAGCAGUAACAAAAAAGGAUGGAGGCAUCGAACAGAAUUUCCAAAACAUCAUUGGAGUGCAGAAAAAAGCAUUUAUUGGAUAUUUAAAGAAUAUGUAUUUUUUGAUGCAGCAAGAAAUCGCUCACACAACGAACUUCAUUCCGCUCACAGACCACCUGAUAGAGAUGGGAUGCGAGAUAUACAGAUAGGUGGGAAUGCAAAGUACACCAGUAUGAGGAUCGUGGAGGAAAUAGUGGAUGUUUUGGGGAAACAGGUGCAGGAAGAGGUACUGAAGAAGUACGCCAAUCCAGCUAUUUUUCUUUGAUGCUUGACGAAACAACCGACGUGUCCGUGAAAAAGCAGUUAACCAUCUAUGCACGUUUCAUCAAGGAUGGCAAACCUAUAACAAAAUUUCUACACAUGGUUGAAAUGCCUGAUGGAAAGGCUGAAACAAUCUUCAACAAAGUUACCAAUUACUGCAAUGAAAAUGAACUGAAUUAUAAAGAAAAACUGGUGGCUGUCGGUAGUGACGGUGCAAGUGUAAUGCUAGGCAAAAAAGGAGGUGUUGUGGCCCUUUUCCAACGUGACAUUCCAUCAUUGAUUUCGAAUCACUGUGUAGCUCAUCGGCUGGCAUUGGCAGUGUCACAGAGUGCUAACAAAAUUACUUACCUAAAUAAUUUCAAGGCAACUCUGUUACAGUUGUGGAAAUUCUAUUCGAACUCUUCUGUGAGGAAAUUCAGGCAUCCGAACGACAUGACUGUCAGGCUGAAGGUUUACUGCACUUCACCACAAAGUACAACUUCGUUGCCACUUUGUGUUUCCUGGGAGACGUGUUGCCACCUCUGACAAAAUUCUUUCCUGUGUCUUUCAGAGAUCUGAGUUAGUCACACCUCCAGGGAACCACAGCUGCAAUAAAAGCAAAGAUGGAUGCUGGAUCAGGAAAGCUUCUGAAAGUUAUCCGGGAUAAGAUGCAAGAACUGAUCCCCAUGCAGGAUAAACUGUCUCCAGUGACUGAGAAACAGGAAGAAGCAUUUACAAAACAGAUCUUCUAUCCAUUACUCAGUGCAGUCCUGGAACAGUUAGAAACAAUGUUCCCCGACAGUGACUUCCUAGAACACUAUACGGUGUUUGAUAGAUCAUUCUGGCCAGAAGAUUGUGGGGGAAUUGUAGACUACCAUGGACAGGAAGACAUUAAGGCCUUGGCAGAUCACUUGCCCUUCACACAUGCAGAAGAAGCAGUAGAGGAAUGGACGGUGUUGAAACAAGUGGCUGUUUUGGCAACAUGCAAAAAGUCUCCAUACAGUCUGAUGAUCAAGCUACUGGAAACUUCUUUGGUACAGGGCUACCCAAACCUCAGCAAAAUUGCCUCAGUUGGACUGAUCAUUCCUGUGUCUAGGGCCGAUUGUGAGCGUGGGUUUAGUACCCUAAAUAGAGUGAAAACUGAGCUGCGGGGGUCACUGCUAGCUAACAACCUCAACAGUUUAUUAGCAGUGACCAUGGAAGGAAAAACCCCAGAAGACUUCGACUUUAACAAAGUGUGCAUGUCUUGGGCAUCCCUCAAAAACAGACAAAUUAAUGUCAACAAAUAAACAUUUUAUUACAAAUGUGUCAACUCCUGUGCAAAUACAAAGAAACAUUAUGCUUUUGAUAUGCCAAAUGACUGCUGUUUGUGUGUGUGGGAGAGAGAGAGAGGUG